AUGAACUACCCAGAUCCUGCGAGUCCGUGGUGCCACCACGACAACGCUGGCGUGAUAGACGCCGCCACAUACAACAGCAGCAGCAGCAACGCCGACAUGUUCGGUGACUACUCCACGGAUGAUCUCUUCAAGCUGGUGCAGCAAGGAGUAGGAGGAGGAGGACAAGGCACGUUGGAGUUGGAACAUCCGGCGGUCUCGUGCUUCCGCUUGUCGUCACGGUUCAAGUUGCCGGCGGCGGCGCAUGUGCCCGAGGUGCGGUCUGGCCCACCUUCCGAGGACGAGAUGGCUGCGUGGUUGUAUGCAAUUAUCAAUGGUGAGGAGCAUGCCCACGACGGCAGCGGCCGCGGGCGGACGGCUGAUGGCCAGCGUGCACCGCCGAAGGAGUCGAGCGACAUGUCGAUGGCGACGUGGGCAACGUCAACGGACAAGAAUGAGAAGCUUCCGAUAACGGAAGGCAUGGGCACCAAGGGAUUAUCUCAGUUCUUCGAGAAACCGGUUCUGGUUUCCGAGACAGAACGAAGCGACUCCAGCGAGAGGCGGAAGACGACAGGAGGGGCAAGGAGGUCUCGCCACGGAGUAACACACAAGCUCACGGAGAAGAGACGAAGGCACAAGAUAAAUGAGAGGCUCAAGACCCUGCAGCGUCUCGUCCCAGGAUGCGACAAGUCCAGCCACGCCUCGACGCUAGACCAGACCAUUCGGUACCUGAAGUCGCUGCAAAACCAGGUCCAGCAGGCCAUGUCCGUCGUCGACGCUCCCCGUCCGGCGGCGCUGUACCCCGUCGUGCAGCCGCAGUAUGCGCCUCCGCAUGGGGCGUCGGUCGCCGUCGCUCCGAUGGUUCCCUACUGGCCCAUGCUUCCCUUGCCACAUUACCCUGCUGCGACGAUGACGACGUUGGCUGCAGCUGCAACGCCCCCUGUACCCAUGAUAACAGGAGUAAAACCGGAUCAGAUACGGCUGGAUAUCACUGAUUCUAUAACUUAUCCUAUAUUUUUUUAA